UUUCGACCCCUCCCCUUUAUAGUGCCCCGCCCCUCCCGCAAAGCCUCCGCUUAAAGCCCCGCCCUUUACGAACUCUCAUCUGCCCCGCCCCCGAGACCAUCUACCUCUAAGCUCCGCCCUUUUAGGGACGCCGCAACACCUCAUCCCGAGACCCUCUCCUUCCUCGGGCGGGCCCGCCCGGAAGGCCCAGGCACCGUGGACCCGCCCCUUCCAUGACGCACGCUUGGGUCCGCGUUUUCGGCGUCCUCACUCUCUCCUCUCAGUCGCUCCGACCCCGCCCCCAGGCGAUGGUCGCUUCUCGUCCCACCCCUGUUCGAACCCUGGCUGGCACCAGCCCCUCCCACUUAGAACCCCAAGCGGAGACCCCCGCGUCUUUGGAAACCCGGGUCCGAGCCCUGCCACGGCCUCCCUCCCACAUCCUAAGGGACCAAUGGCGCGGAUGGGUGGAAAAGUGGGGGAUCCCCUCCGGGCCCUGAGAAAUUGGGGACUGGGGGCUGUUCGCGGGAAGCCUGUUCGGGCUCUAGGACCCAGCAGGCAUGUCCGCCCGCCUCGCGCUUACCCCUCCCCCAGGCCGCCCCCUCCCCCCUCCCCGUCUUCCAGGUUCCCCCUCCCUCCCCCCUCGCCCCGGCUCCCGGUUCCAGUCUCCAGCGCUGCCGGAGCCAGAGAGGGAGCCGGAGCUAAGAGAAGGAGGAGGAGGCCGUGUCGCCGCCGCUCGGAGCCCGGCCGGAGCCUCCCAGGUACAUGGUGCGGGUCCGAGCCGUGGUGAUGGCCCGAGAUGACUCCAGUGGGGGCUGGCUGCCUGUGGGGGGCGGGGGCCUCAGCCAGAAACCUCCCAUGGCUCCAUCUUGCUCCGAGAUCCUCCACCUCGAGGCCCGACAGCAACUUGCCCCUCUCUGCCCUAAGUAUAUGGAGGCAUUUGACCACCCUGGAGUGUACCCUGAGGCCAGGCUUGGUUUACAACAAGGUGAACCCCAUCUUCCACCACUGGAGCCUGGGUGAUUGCAAAUUCGGGCUGACGUUUCAGAGCCCUGCCGAGGCUGAUGAGUUCCAGAAGAGCCUGCUCACCGCGCUGGCCGCACUGGGCCGAGGCUCGCUCACCCCCUCCACCUCCUCCUCCUCCCCUUCCCAGGACACGGCAGAGACCCCCUGCCCCCUGACGUCCCACGUGGACAGCGACUCCUCCUCCAGCCACAGCCGCCAGGAGACGCCUCCCAGCACCGCGGCGGCCCCCAUCGCCACGGUGGAGUCGGCUUCCGGCUUCGGGCCCGCCACGCCCCCCCAGCGCCGCCGCUCCUCCACUCAGAGCUACCCUCCACUUCUACCGUUCACGGGAAUUCCGGAGCCCUCCGAGCCCCAGGCAGGGGCGGGGGGCCCGGGCUGGGGCGGCCGCGGCUAUGAGGAUUACCGACGCGCCGGGCCGCCCGCGCCUCUCGCCCUGUCCACCUGCGUCGUGCGCUUCGCCAAGACCGGCGCGUUGAGGGGCACAACCCUGGGGCCCCCCGCCGCACUACCUGCGCCUCUCACAGAGGCUGAGCCUCCAGCGCCCCCGGCUCGCCCACCCCCAGGCCCGGGCCCGGCCCCGGCGCCGGCCAAAGCCUCCCCCGAGGCGGAGGAGGCGGCACGCUGCGUGCACUGCCGAGCGCUCUUCCGCCGCCGCGCGGACGGGCGCGGUGGCCGCUGCGCGGAAGCCCCGGACCCGGGUCGCCUUCUGGUGCGCCGUCUCAGCUGCCUGUGGUGCGCCGAGAGCUUGCUCUACCACUGCUUGUCGGACGCCGAGGGUGACUUCUCGGACCCCUGCGCCUGUGAGCCGGGCCACCCGCGUCCCGCCGCGCGCUGGGCCGCGCUGGCCGCGCUCUCCCUGGCGGUGCCCUGCCUCUGCUGCUACGCGCCCCUGCGCGCCUGCCACUGGGUCGCGGCGCGAUGUGGCUGUGCCGGCUGCGGGGGUCGCCACGAGGAGGCGGCGCGGUGAGGACGGCCUGGUGGGUCCAGUAGCCAGACCGAGGACCCAAAAUUGAGGGUCCGGGACCCCGAACAACGUGCGGACUCCAAACCCAAACCCGGGCGCACCUGGAAUUUGGUUCUUGAGUUUGGGUUGAAAGAUCCCAGACCUGGAACCUGGACCCCCAAGUUUAGGACUGAGAGACCCCAGACUCAGCUUCAUUGAGAUGUCUGUCCGAGAGGUUCCAGGCGUCCUGAGUUCUGGCGCCCCCCCACCCCCACUCCUGCCAAACUCAGAUUGAGGAGAUUCCAGGCACCCCCCCCCCCCCGACUGUACAUCUCAGAAAGGCCAGGGAGUAAUCGAUCCCUGAGACCAGGGCCUGAACCUUGACCCUCUGCCCUUUUUACCAACCCAGACACAGUCAUGCUCCACAUCAUGACCCUUCAGGUUACAGUCGGGAAUUAGAUGGAUUUUGCCAAUCCCUCACCUAGUUUGUACCCGAUUACUCCUAGAUCUUGAAAUCAUAGGCCCAGAAUCACCCAAAAUGGUCCCUGAAUGCUCAUCUAAGACCAGGGUUAUCCAUAUCUGAGAUGUUCUUUUAACCCCGAGACCACAGAGGGGACACCAGAUCCUCCUGGAUUUGAGACUCCCAGAUAUUCUAGAAUAACCAGAAUCUGGCCUCAAGUCCACCCAUCUCUGAGAUGCCCAGAGACGCUGCAGAUCUGACCUCCAAUCCAGGAAUACCCAGAUCUAAAUGCCCAGGUAACCCCAGACUCCUUAGGACCCUAGACUCUUAAGACAGCCUGGGUCCUUGGAUAUGCUCAAUCAUGAGAUGUUUUCUGACCAAAAUGACUCGAGAGACCCAUCCCAGAGCCCCCCAAGACCCAGACGUCAGAAGCCAAGAUACUCUGGGAGCUAGGGGCCGAAGACCUCCAUAGACCCACCUUUCCCAACGCCAGUGUUCCCAGGAGCCUUGGCUCUCAUAUAGUAAGUACUCUGAGGUGCCUGGUACCCCCAGAUGUAGGACCGAAGGCCAUCCACACCUCAGGGCCCAAGACUUCAAAUAACCCCCCUUCCAGUACCCUUUGGAGCCAGCAUUCAAGACUCAGAAUGUCCUGGAAUCUCAACUACUUACUACCCAUAGAUCCCCAUCCCCUAAAGGCUUGGAGCACUGGCCCCAGAAGAUACGAUGGUCAUGGCAGCCCAGAUCUCUGACCCUUUGGCCCCUAGCCAUUGAGCGACCCCAAGGUGCCAUCGGCCCCCAGAUCUAUGGUUCAAGCCCCGGAAACCUUGGGAUUGUCCCUGAUCCAAGACCUUGGCUCCUUCCUACCAGAGACAUCCAGUUCUGAAGUGCCCUGGGAGCCCCAUUCCAGAGCCCCAGGACCUGCACCCUCAGACCUCAGAUUUCUUUGAACUCAAAUCUCUGACGUGAUAAAGGCCCCGAGAUGCCUCUAUACCUGAUUCCCCAGGCCUAGCGUAUGCAUCCUCAGCCCUGCUGCCCCUUGCACCCCACCCUGCCAUCCAUAGAUCCCCGAGACCCCAAGGACCUAGGGUCCCAGCCCAGGCCCCCAGCAUCUGUCAGAAUUACCCCUUUACACUGGGUGGGGUUGGGAGUGAAUCACCAUUUUGAAUUCCGUGUUCCUGGAGUCCAGGACCACCUGGGAAUCCCACCCCCCACCCCUCGCCCCCCAUCUCCAGGACCCAGCCUUGCCACCUGUGGUUGUGAAGGCUGCUCACUAGCAAGGGCCCUCGGUUCAGGUGGUGGCUGAGGCUGGAAUUCACACCCCAUUCUGCUUGCCAAGCGGUGCCCUCUGAGGAAGGGGUACCUUUUUCUAAUUUGCUCUGCUGGGACCUCUGCAAUCCCCAGCUUGCAGAUCCUUUUCAACAGCCACCCCAGCCUCACCCCACCUUUUAUGGUCUGCCCCCCAUCAACCCCUUCUCUUCCACCUCACAGUUGGGGGUUGCUCUGGGAAGUUCAAAAGCCUCUUUCAUGUCCCCCUGAGAUCCCUGCUCUGGGAAAGCGAAUGCCACCGUCCCUUCCUCCCGAGGGGAAUGGGACUCCCAGUGCACCUCAGAUCUCAUGUCCCAGUAUGGGGGAGUCGGGGCCUUGAAGCAGGGACAGUGUCAAUGUUUUGUGGGCUUGGGCCCUAUAUCUGGGGGUGGAUAUGUGCACCUACUUCCCUUCCUUCAUUACCCAGAUGGCCUUGUGGGGGUUCAAAGGGAUAGAUCAAGGGGGCCAGAGGGAUAGGCCCUUCUGUCACUUCCUUUAUUUAAAUUAUUAACUAUUUAUUACAUCCGGAACCUGUGAGAUUCAGCUCUCCCAACCAGACCCUGGGAUGGGUGAGAGAAAGGGGGGGGUGUCCCUCCCAUCCCCACUCUGCCCAGCUCUCAUCACUGUCAGACCCACCAGAGCUGAGGGCAGAGGGACUGGGGGCUGGGGCAGCCUGGGUCCCCAUGCCCCUCUCUGUGCCUCGGUCUCCCCCCUUCCGUGGUGGGCGGGGGGAAGCUCCAUUCUUAACCUACCUCGUUUUGGGGAGGGGUGGGAUGGGGACCAGAGUGCUGUACGGUGCUGUGGAAUCUGCUUAUGAAGUAGUGGGGGCUGGGGAACGUCCCUCGGCCUCAACCACCCAGCACCGUCUCUCCCAGGUCUCCCAAUCCUGCUCCCUGCUGAUACCCACCUCUGAUCCAUGAUUACCCUUCAUUGCACCCAAAUUAGGGGUGCAUGGAGGGCUGACCCUGGGAACCAGGAAGACCUCAGACCCUGGAGCCCCCAGGCCCAAUUUCCUAGCUGCUUGCCCCUCAGAUUGGAUGCUUGGCCCCCAGACUUGGGGGGAGCACCCCAACAUUAAUCUUCCUGACUUUGAUUCCAAGCCAGUCUGUGACCUCAAUAUUCUUAUCAUCAGUGCAGGCUGAAGUGGUGGGGGGAGGAUGGGGGCCCAAGACCCAGCCUUGUCAUCAGGGGACAGGGACAUGAGAUAUCCACUCCAAGAAAUGUCUGUGACAAAGUCUCAGCCUGUGUUCUUUAUUUACAUUGACACACCCCACUCAGCUUCCUGAACCUCUAAGCCAGUCUCUACCUAAACUCUCCUCUCCACACUCCCUCGUCCCAAGCAGACCCUCUGGCGGAGUGUCAUACAUCCAGUCAUUCAACAAAUUUAUUGAACACCCAUUAUGUGCCAGGUCCUGUUCUAGGCACUGGGGGACAAAACAAUGAUGAGAACAGAAAAAAAUCCCUUUCCAAAAGGAACUUAUGACCUUUGUAACGGGGGAGAUAAUAAAUGAG